AUGGUGGUGGAUUAUCUAGAGCAUGCCAAAAGGUGUCAAGCAUGUCAAUUCUAUGCUAAUUACAUCCAUCGGUCUCCAGAGCUCUUUCAUCCAACUAUAGCCUCAUGGCCUUUUGAUGCCUGGGUACUUGAUGUUGUUGAACCUCUUCCAAAGUCGUCAAAAGGACAAAUGUAUGGCAUACCAAGAUGCAUAGUUAACGAUAAUGGAACGUCUUUCAAUAAUAAACUCAUGAGGUCUUUGUGCGAGAAGUUCAAUUUUAAGCAGCACAAGUCUUCAAUUUACAAUGCACUUGCCAAUGGUUUUGCCAAAGCUUUUAACAAGACUCUUGGUGACCUAUUGAAAAAAGUUGUUUCAAAAGAUAAAAGAGACUGGCAUGAGAGGAUCAGUGAAGCUUUGUGGGCAUAUCGUACAACCUUCAGAACUGCAAUGCAAGCGACUUUUAUUCAUUGGUGUAUGGCGUAG